CACACGAAAAUCUCUGCAUCUCUUGAACCUCACGACAUCUCUGAAAAAGAUCCAGAAUCGCAAAAUUACCACAAAACGGACGGGUAUCCUUUAGUUUUAAUGCACGAGUUUAGUUUUUUUCUAUUAUUAACAGUUUAGUAUUUUAUUUAUAUCGCCAUGAACAACACUAGGUCUGCCUACCUAAGCUCUCUGUGUUCUCAUGCGGUCCAACACUCGCGAGAUCAACAAGGAGAGUAAGUUAAGGAAACAUGGCGAUGUCGAAUUUAUUAAAGAACAAAGGGUCCCUCCAGUUUGAGGACAAGUGGGAUCUGAUGCGCCCAAUUGUCCUCAAGUUACUUCGCCAGGAGUCUGUAACCAAGCAGCAGUGGUUCGACCUUUUCUCAGAUGUUCAUGCAGUCUGUCUAUGGGAUGACAAAGGCCCAGCAAAAAUUCACCAGGCUCUGAAGGAGGACAUUUUAGAUUUUAUAAAGCAAGCCCAGGCGAGAGUGCUCAGUCACCAAGAUGACACGGCCCUCCUCAAGGCUUACAUUGUUGAGUGGAGGAAGUUCUUCACUCAGUGUGAUAUACUACCUAAGCCAUUUUGCCAGCUUGAGAUCACGCUAAUGGGGAAGCAAGGAAGCAACAAGAAGUCCAACGUGGAGGAUAGCAUAGUGCGUAAGCUGAUGUUGGACACUUGGAACGAAUCCAUUUUCUCCAACAUCAAGAACAGGCUACAGGAUAGUGCAAUGAAGCUGGUCCAUGCUGAAAGACUCGGAGAAGCUUUUGACUCUCAGCUGGUCAUCGGGGUGCGCGAGUCUUAUGUGAACCUGUGUUCCAAUCCCGAUGAUAAGCUGCAGAUCUACAGGGAUAACUUCGAGAAAGCCUACCUGGACUCCACUGAGAGGUUCUACAGGACACAGGCUCCUUCCUACCUACAGCAAAAUGGAGUACAAAACUACAUGAAAUAUGCAGAUGCUAAAUUAAGGGAGGAGGAAAAACGUGCACUACGCUAUUUAGAGACACGACGUGAAUGUAACUCUGUCCAAGCACUUAUGGAAUGUUGUGUAAAUGCACUGGUGACGUCGUUUAAAGAAACAAUCUUGGCAGAAUGUCCAGGCAUGAUUAAACGCAACGAGACUGACAAGCUUCACCUGAUGUUCUCGCUGAUGGAUAAAGUGCCCAGUGGAAUUGAACCCAUGCUUAAGGAUUUGGAGGAACACAUCAUCAGUGCUGGCCUGGCUGACAUGGUUGCUGCUGCUGAGACUAUCACGACAGACUCUGAGAAGUAUGUGGAGCAGCUUCUUACUCUGUUUAACCGCUUUAGUAAACUUGUGAAGGAGGCAUUCCAGGACGAUCCUCGAUUCCUCACAGCCAGAGAUAAAGCAUACAAAGCAGUUGUGAACGAUGCCACAAUAUUUAAGUUGGAGCUACCUAUGAAACAGAAGGGAGUGGGCCUUAAAACGCAACCCGAGUCCAAGUGUCCAGAGCUGCUAGCCAACUACUGCGACAUGCUGCUUAGGAAGACGCCACUCAGUAAGAAGCUCACCUCAGAGGAGAUCGAGCUGAAGUUAAAAGAAGUGUUGCUGGUGCUAAAAUAUGUCCAUAAUAAGGAUGUAUUUAUGAGGUAUCAUAAAGCCCAUCUAACCAGGAGGCUGAUCCUGGACAUCUCAGCUGACAGUGAGAUUGAAGAGAACAUGGUCGAAUGGCUCAGGGAAGUCGGUAUGCCGGCCGAUUAUGUCAACAAGCUAGCUAGAAUGUUCCAAGACAUCAAAGUCUCCGAGGAUCUAAACCAGGUCUUCAAGGAGAUGCAUAAACACAACAAACUUGCUUUACCAGCUGACUCCGUAAAUAUAAAGAUCCUGAAUGCUGGAGCAUGGUCACGCAGCUCAGAGAAGGUCUUUGUUUCACUUCCUACUGAGCUGGAGGACCUCAUCCCUGAAGUUGAGGACUUUUACAAGAAGAAUCACAGCGGCAGAAAGCUGCACUGGCACCACCUUAUGUCCAACGGCAUCAUCACAUUUAAGAAUGAAGUGGGUCAGUAUGACUUGGAGGUCACAACCUUCCAGCUGGCUGUUCUUUUUGCCUGGAACCAAAGACCCAGAGAGAAGAUCAGCUUCGAAAACCUGAAGCUUGCCACUGAGCUGCCCGAUGCAGAGCUGAGACGCACACUCUGGUCUCUCGUUGCCUUCCCAAAACUCAAACGGCAGGUGCUAUCAUACGAACCUCAAGUGAGCUCUCCCAAAGACUUCACCGAUAGUACAUUGUUCUUCGUUAACCAGGAAUUCUCCUUGAUAAAAAACUCCAAGGUGCAGAAAAGGGGGAAGAUUAACCUGAUUGGCCGCCUACAGCUGACUACAGAGCGAAUGAGAGAGGAGGAGAACGAGGGCAUUGUUCAGCUAAGAAUAUUAAGAACACAGGAGGCCAUUAUUCAAAUUAUGAAGAUGCGAAAGAAGAUCACGAAUGCCCAGUUGCAGACCGAGCUGGUGGAGAUCCUGAAAAACAUGUUCCUUCCCCAGAAGAAGAUGAUCAAGGAGCAGAUCGAAUGGCUGAUUGAGCACAAGUACAUCAAGCGUGACGAGUCAGACAUUAACACCUUUAUCUACAUGGCAUAGCACUGAGGUUUACGCUGGAAAUGCUUAUCGUUCCAAUCAAGAUGAAGACAGUGAACCUGCACCGGCUCAGCAGUGGGAGAGGAGUGCUGACACAAUGGAGCAACCAAGCUGGCUGCUGAUCUUCUCGUGGAGUGAUGGGCUUGUUCUACACGACAGUCACACACCAGAAUAGCUUGUUUUCAAGAAAAAUCCCUGCCUUACCUUACAGUAAAGAAACCUGAGAUGAGGAUUGGAGAUUUCAAAGGAAAAACAAAACAAAACAAAAAAUGAACUAUAUUUUUGCCAACAGGUAGUCAGUAUGCAUGGUGGGUGGUUUGCCUUUAUUAUUUUUUUUUUUUUGUGAGUGUCGACAUCAACAGCAUGCUGUCGGUGGGAAUGUCUAUCAUCCGAGGACUCGUUUGUGUGUGCCGUGUUUGUGUGUGUGUGUGUGUGUCCUUGUCUGGUCCAGGCUGUGUCCACUCUUCUCCUCUCCAGCUCAGCGCUCAGCCUGGUCCAAAAGCUCACACUGCAGCCACAUGGGAGCUCCGUCACCACGAUGGUGGACUGGAGCGUUAGCACUUUACGCAUUCUGCCACACAUUCAGCAUGGCCGUGUUCCCGUCAUCUGUUCUGUGUUGCUCUGGUUUCUUUUUUUUGUUUGUUUGUUUGUUUUUUGUUAAACGUGGAUAGUUGAUGACGGUAUAUGGCAGCCAUAUUGAUAUAACAGAGAAGUUCACUUUACUUUCCCCUUAUUCUGUAGGCCGGACCGAAGUCAGUAAUAACGGAUAUCAGAUACAGUUACAGUGUGAUACAAGAGACACGCCGUAGUACUGCUGUACAGUGUGGGGUUUAGUAGCCGUCCGUUCCGUUAUCAGAGUUUUGUUCCGCCUCGGAGAUAACGUUACUUUUCUUCCAUUCAAGCCGCUAAAGGACAUUUUGUCUGGCUUCUUAGUGAGUUAAUCGGGGCAGCUGUGUUAUAUUGGAACGGUUUGAUUUCAUAAAGCGUCUCUCGGCACCUUGCACAUCGUCCACACGGAAGGAUCGACAUUAGCAUUUUUACAUAAAUUAUAUAGGCAAUAUUUUCUAGCGCAUUUCAUUUUCACUUACUCAUUUAGGAUCGGUUCCCUCUGACAGAUAUCAUUACUCUGUUUCUAAAUGAUGUCAUUUUUAUAGCACAGCCUCCUCACACUUGAUUAAAUUUCAGCCAUGUCAUAGUGAUGUUUUUCCUUAUCAGACUCGUGUGAUGAGUCAUCAUUUAAAAAAAUAAUAAUAAUAAUUUUGUCUUGCUACCUACACAGCCUACUGAAAAUGUUUCACACCAGUCAUUAGUUGGGUUGUUUACACUGACCUACUUAAGCACGUGUUUUAAAGUAUCUGGAGGUCAUUUGGCCUGUAAUGAUGAAAAAAUAAUCAUUAAAUAUUACAUAAAGCAACAUUUUGUGAAUUAAAAGUCUAGUGCAUAUAUGAUACAUUAUAUACCAUCACCAUGUUUUAGUAUUAAUACCUAUACAUUAUUUUAAAAAUAGUCACUCUUAUGUAAAUCAGCCAUAAAUACGAUGUGUAGCAUUAAAUAGGUUACAUACAGGGUUUAUUUAUACACCUUUAUUUUAUUUAUUAAUCAUUAUACAAUCCUGAGCCACACAAAUCAUCAUUCAUCACAACGUGAAAACGAGUACCCACUCGAAGGCCAGGCAGGGAAAGCUGACACACACAGACCGAGCGCUUCAUCAGUAAAACACGAUGCAGUGAUGUCACUCGUUUAUUCACCUUCAGUAAGCACUUUAUCCAAGUCAAGGUCACUCUGGAUCUGAAGCCUAUUCCAGGAACAUUAUGUACAAGGCAGGAUUUAUAUCCAUUAUGGAUUCCAGUCUAUCACAGGGUAUCGUACACAUACACACACACCAAAAAAGAGCAUAAACAGGUGUGUGUAUACGUUCUUCAACGAUCUGUUUCAGUUUCCUAAAUUGCAGCUGACAUUUACAGAGUCAUCUUAGUCUUUUGACUGGUGUGUAAUAAUUCUGAUUUCCGUUUCGAUUUCUAUUUAAUGAAGCUGUUGAAUUCGGCAUGCAUGGUUUGAAUGUAAGUUUUCCAUUAAGUACAGUGACACUAAAGAUUUUUAAAUUUCCCGUAGCUACCUAGUGAGCGAAUGGUUUUUAAUUUGGAAAAAAGAAAAAAAAAAUCAUUGCUCUUCCCCUUAUUAAGCUUAUUUUUGUGCAAGCAUUAAAAUUAAAUGGAAAUGCAUUUGAUUAAUAACCCAGAGUAAUAUUUUUACAACACAAGGCAAGAAGAAAAUACUUCCAGACUGUUUUAAUAACUUGGUUAAGUAAAAUCCGAAGUGGACGUAGUGCGUAAAGGGAGGUGCUGCAGCUGUUAACGCGAGGACGUCGUGUUAACGUAGAACACGGAGUCAUGUCAGAUUCAAAGCGACAGAAGACUUGAAGUCAGGUUGUGUGAUUUCUGUUGUUCCCUGUUCCCUAAAUUCUGACACGAUAGACCUCGUCGUAGCUUCGGUUGAUCUUGCACAUAAAUCCACAAAAGCAUCUUGAUCCAAACCUAGUACUGAUUUUCAGUCCUUUUAUAUUUUAGGAGCUUUCAGAAGCUGUUUGUGUUUUUGUGUCCCGUUCACUUUUCACACACCUCCCACUACAUCCGCACGUGAAAAGGCUGCAGUGAGGCAUAUAAUCAGUAUUUUGUUUUCUUUCAAAAUAGAGUUGAACGAACAAUUUUCAGUGUUAAUUUCUGAGCGAACGAGUGAGUGAGUCAUUUUCUGCACUUGACAGUUUCGUCUUUAGGGAAAACGACGGCGAGAAAUUAAAGUAUGCUUUAGUUUGACACAACAUCAACAUGACAACUAUUCAUUUACUUAUUCAACAUGGAUUACUGUGUAGGAUCAUGUACAUCUCAAAGUUGUGCAGAACUGACAGCUGCAAAAGAUAAAGACUUGGGUUUUUACAUCCCCUGCUACAAGAAUUCACGUGAAUGUGUGCCAUUAUGUGCAGUGAGUGUUCAGAGCUGUGGGGCGCUCAAGUGGAUGUUCAUCGUGCAGUCGGGGUGAAGCGGUUUGGUGUACACCAUAUGUUUAUUUCUCUUCAAAUGAAUUUUUUUUUAUGUUGUAUAAUUUAUUUCCUUGCUAAAUAAAGAUGUCUUUUAAAGGAG